AUGGAGAAGCUGGGCAUGGGUCCAGAGGAGUUACUGAAGGAGAACCCUCGUCUGAUCUACUCAUGCCUCACUGGCUACGGCUUGAGUGGAGCCAAGGCUGCUGGCCAUGACAUCAACUACCUCGUCAUGUCAGUCUUGUUGUCCAUGUUGGGCCGGAGCCAUGAGAAGCCCUACCCUCCUCUGAACCUGGUGGCAGACUUUGCGGGCGAGGGUCUGACGUGUGCCUUCGGGGUGGUCCUGGUCCUGCUGGAGAGGACCAGGUUGGGCAGAGGGCAUGUCAUUGAUGCCAGCAUGGAGAGGGCCUCCUUCCACAGGGACGCCCAGCGAGAGGUGACCCCGAGCCACGCACCUGUCCUGUCCCGCACCCCUGCUGAUCCCUGCCUGGCCCGGGACCCCUUCAUAGGGAAACACACACGUCCCGUUCUAGAGGAGACAGUUGCUCUCAGCUGGUAUUAUUGA